ACCUCUUCUUUAAACAGGCAUGCCUUGUUUUUAUGAUCUCCUCCUCCUUCUCUUUCACAGCCAUGGAAGAAUGGAACAUGCUUGCCGCUGAUUGCGUGGUCAUAUCAUGCUGCUGCCAGUGCUUGCUGCUGCAAAUUCUUGUCUUUCUCAUGCUGAAGCUUCCCUGGAAGCUCAUCAGGAAAACAAGGGAAUAUGCUAAGAAAAAGCUUCGUCAAAGGAAGGGAAACGAUGAUAAGAUGAAGAUAGAAUCGGCUUGUUAUGAAGAUGUUCUUGUGAGAAUUCAUGAACAGUCUUUUAGAAUUCAAGGAGAGAUGACAGUGAGAGAUGGUGAAGGUUUCGGUUGUGGUGGUUGCAUGGAUGAAGUUGAAAAGAUGAUGGAGGAGUUAUAUCAAAAGGGAGAGUUUGGAUUCGGGAGCUUCUGGGGUAGGGAAGAACCAUGCGGAUUUGCUGUUCCUACAAAAAUUCACAAUGAUCCUAAUCUUGUAAGAUAUCAAGUUGUUGAUUUAUUGAUUAAAACUAAUGUCCACGCAUAGAUUAGGUUAAUUAAUUUGCAUAACAUUUUGUUAAAAUGCUUCCUUUGUUAAAU